GGACGCGGGUGGUCGGGACCCUGAGCGCGGGGCUUCGCGUCUUGCACCCCGCCGGAGCGGCCGGGGAGCCCGGGCGUGCUGCGGUUUGCCACCCCUCUACGAAGGGGCCCGCGGCGCGCAGCCUGCACCUCUCCCACCUGCAGUCCCUCCUCCAGCCGCUGCCCGGCCCGGCGGAGAAGACGCGCGUCCUCGCCCUUCCUCGGCCUCGUCAGGUCCUCCCCUCUCGGGACCCCCGCACCGCGUCCCCUCUCCUGCCUCCACCCCGCCCUCCUCGCCCUCCGCCGCCUCCACUCCCCCGACUCUCCGCCCUCCCAUUCAUUCUGUCCACUCCCAUUUCCUCCUUCCCGCUGGGGCCCUGUCCCCGGAGCCUCCCCGUGAGGACCCCGCUGCAGUCUCGGGGUGCUUAGCACAUUCAUGGAAGUUUAGGGCCUGGCCAGUGGCCCCGAGUCCGGCCUGAGAGCGCAGCCCGAGCUGCUGGCCGGGAAGAGGAAGAUGUCUGCGCUCAGGCGGAUGAUGCGGGUCUCCAAUCGCUCCCUCCUCGCCUUCAUCUUCUUCUUCUCCCUCUCCUCGUCUUGUCUUUACUUCAUCUAUGUGGCUCCAGGCAUCGCCAACACAUAUCUCUUUAUGGUACAAGCUCGAGGUAUAAUGUUGAGAGAAAAUGUAAAAACAAUAGGACACAUGAUCAGGCUGUAUACAAAUAAAAACAGUACACUCAACGGUACAGAUUAUCCGGAAGGCAAUAAUUCAAGUGAUUAUCUUGUUCAAACAACAACGUAUCUUCCGGAAAACUUCACAUAUUCAGCAUACCUCCCCUGCCCAGAAAAACUGCCUUACAUGCGGGGAUUCCUCAGUGUCAAUGUAAGUGAAGUCAGUUUUGAUGAAAUUCAUCACCUCUUCUCCAAGGAUUUAGAUAUUGAGCCAGGAGGUCACUGGAGGCCUAAAGACUGUAAACCCAGAUGGAAGGUGGCAGUUCUCAUUCCUUUCCGCAAUCGACAUGAACAUCUUCCAAUUUUUUUCUUGCACCUGAUUCCAAUGCUCCAGAAACAGCGGCUGGAGUUUGCCUUUUAUGUCAUUGAACAGACUGGCACACAACCCUUUAACCGUGCGAUGCUCUUCAACGUGGGCUUCAAAGAGGCCAUGAAAGACAGUGUCUGGGACUGUGUAAUCUUCCAUGACGUGGAUCAUCUACCUGAAAAUGACCGGAACUAUUACGGAUGUGGAGAAAUGCCACGUCAUUUUGCAGCAAAGCUGGAUAAAUACAUGUAUAUUCUUCCAUAUAAAGAGUUUUUUGGUGGUGUAAGUGGACUGACAGUGGAACAGUUUAGAAAGAUCAAUGGUUUUCCUAAUGCCUUCUGGGGAUGGGGAGGAGAAGAUGACGACCUUUGGAACAGAGUUCACUAUGCUGGAUAUAAUGUAACCAGACCAGAGGGAAACUUAGGAAAAUACAAAUCUAUUCCUCAUCACCAUCGAGGUGAAGUCCAGUUUUUAGGACGGUAUAAAUUAUUAAGGUAUUCAAAAGAGCGUCAAUACAUCGAUGGGUUGAACAAUUUAAUAUAUACACCAAAAAUACUGGUUGAUAGGUUGUAUACAAACAUAUCUGUAAAUCUCAUGCCGGAGUUAGCUCCCAUCGAAGACUAUUAAAAGAAGUAGCUCUCGUGGCAAGAUAGACUGCAAUGCUGGAUCAUAAACUUGGAGUGCACUCUUAAUGGAGGUCAGUGAUUGGAUGUGUCACAGUGCCCUAUUCUCUGAGAAGGAGAAGAGCCAGCAGUCCUCAAUGUUUACAGUGUGGGACUAGAUAUAAUCACCCUUCUUCCACCCAUCCUCUCUGCUUUUGAGACACACCCCUGUGGCGAGCACUGCAGAAACCAGAAGCCAAUGCUUAAGAUUGGAAGUUAAGAGAGCUCCAUUCAAAGAGAAAAUUUUUAUACUAAAACCUAUAAUUUAAUUCAAGAGAAUGCUUUUAUUUCCAUGGAAACAUAUUUUGUACAUAUGUGAUGUAAAUUAAUGUGUUCAAAUUGUUGAAAAAUAAGAUGUGUUGCAAUUUUGCAUGUAAUUGGUUAUGCCUCCAUUGGACUUUUAUAGACUCUUUUUUUAUUUGCAUGGAAAAAACACUGUACACUUAAGUCACUAAACAAAGGUUAACCCUUGUGGGAAAUGAAGGACCAGUCAAUAAUUGACAGCCAACUAAUACUGUAAACUGUUAUACUAGUUUUGAGCUUUAGACCAUCAGCCUUUUGUGUGGAAGUCAAAGCUUUCUUAGGGCUUUAAAGGGAAAGAAGAAAGGACUUAAACAGCUUUUCUUCCUACCAGGAUUACCUAUUUUUUUCCUUGCUUGCAAUCUCAUCAGAUUUUGCUAAAUCACAACCAUAUUGUUUAUGCAUAUUGCAUGAGUAUUACUAAGAAAAUCUUAAAAGUUAUGAUGUGACAUGAUAUAAAGGAACUUUUUAUGUUAAAUGUCUUUCAUGUACCUCCAGUGUAAGUGUCAGGGAUUUUGUGCCUCAAAAAAUGUUCCAAAGGUUGUGUGUUUAUACACUGUAUUUUUUUUUAAUUCAUAGUGAACUGCACUUUUAUUAUUUCUAGUUCAGAAGAGCCAAAAAAGGACCUUCAUUAAAAAAAAUCAAAUCAGUUUUUUAAAAAGAAUUAGCUAUG